AUGGUAAACAUACAUGAUUAUAUUAUGAAAGAAAUACACGAUGAUGUCAAUAGUUCAUUGUUUUGGCCUGCAAUGGCUGAUGAAACGACAGACUCAUCUGUCACAGAGCAGCUGAUUUUGUAUGUUCGAUUUGUCAAUAUUGCCAAAAAAUGUGUCCAAACACGAUUCUUGGCUGAUUCAGAAAAUAUUUUUGACUUAAUAAAGGCCAUCUUUGAGAAGUUUGAAUUACCAAGGGAAUCGUUGGUUGGAUACUCAAGCGAUGGCGCUUCUGUAAUGACAGGGGUGAGAAAAGGAGUGGCUGCUAAGCUGAAAGCACAAUAUAAUCCAAAGCUCUUUACUCAGCAUUGUUUUAACCAUAGACUGGUACUUGCUUCCAAAGAUGCCCAGAAAGAGAUUCCAGGCGAAGUAGAAACCACUAUAAAAGACGUUCUAGAUCACUUAAAGUGGCACAGUUCAGAUUUAUGCGCAUGUUCGUGA